CAAGCAUUAAGACAUUUGUAUGGACCACAGUGGAGUCAUUAAAUAUGUACAAACAAAUUUUGAUUGAAAUAAGUAAGCGUAAAUAAAAUUCGUUGAAUGUAAAAAAUAAAUUAUUUCAACUGCAACAGCGAUUCAGAAUGGGUUCUCGGAGCAGUGCGCUGAAACCAGAAACAAUGGCGGAUCUAAGAAAACAAACAGAGUUCACGGAGAAAGAAAUACAGGAUUGGUACAAAGACUUUAUUGCAGACUGGCCUAAAGGCUACAUGAAUGUCGAAGAGUUCGAAAAAAUGUACGCGGGAUUCUUCCCGAAAGGAGACGCUUCGAAAUUUGCCAGACACGUUUUUCGAGCUUUCGACUUGAAUGACGAUGGACAUGUCGAUUUUCGGGAAUUUAUUUGCGGAUUCAGCGCCACCCUGCGUGGUACCACUGUACAGAAACUCAAGUGGGCUUUUAGCAUCUAUGACAUUGAUAAAAAUGGAUUUAUCUCUAAAGGCGAGAUGAAGGAUAUCAUUUCGGCUAUUCACAAAAUUGCUGGAAUUAUGACGCAAAACGAAAGCGAACAAGCCGUGCAGCAGAAAAUAGACGAGGUCUUCCGGGAGAUGGAUAAAAACCAUGACGAAAAAAUCUCCCUCCAAGAAUUCAUCGAGAGCACCUCCCAGGACAGGAGCUUGAUAAGCGUGCUGGAGUUAAAUUACGACAUUCAGUGACGUCAUAUAUAUUUCUGUGUCAAAAAUUUCAGCAAGAGAUUUAUGGGUAUUAUUGCUGAUCGUAGCAAAAACCAUAAGAAAUAAUUUCUUAUUGUCAGGAGCUGUUCAAGAAUUAAGUUUAAAAUUCAAAGAAAAGAUAUGUUAUAAUGAUUGUCAAUUUCCUGAAACUGCCCAAUAACAGAUUCUUUAGUAAGAAACCUUUCCCAGUCCACGAAUACAU